CCCCAGGACAAUUCUUUGGCCUCAUUAGAAGGUUCAGAGUUUAAUGUAGGUUUUUAUCCCAUAUAUAAACUAUUGUUAAGGAUCUUUUUGAGAACUGCAAUACUCAACAUAUGAUAUGACUGUAAAAUCAUCCUGUUAGAAAAGGGACUAAUGAUUAUAAACAUAAGAAUAUCCAGGGGGGAAAUAGAUUUUAUUUAUACAGGAUCUACAUGUAUUAUUGUACAUUGUCCAGACAGUUUGUAUUAUGACUCCAUUAAGCUGAUUUUAUCAUAUCUUUUGUUCCUUAGGUGAGCGAUGUGGCCCAUUGGCCUGUUGUUUUUUUUUUUUUUAUCUUGGUGGUUCAAAGAGAUAUCAUUGACUUUAUAGACGUUGUUAUAUUUCAACACGGAAGAUAUUUGCUGACUCACUUGAACUAGUAAUUGUUUCUUUAGCCAGAUUACUUCAUCGAUUAUCAACAGACUGAAUAUUCUAAUUGAACGAAAUGGCGUUUUUACGUUUAGAUUGUUCAAAUGUUGCACUCACUGUUUUAAUAGUUUUGGUGCACAAAGCUGCCUGUUUUACGAUCUCUGAAGGAUUAUCUUACACAAAAUCUUGUUCAUCCGGGUAUUAUCUCCAGAUCAAGAAUGCAACAUGGUAUUGUAAGACUUCUUUAAAAUCUGUAACUGUGACAGCUACAGUGAAUUCCAAAUGCAAUUACAAUAAUGCGUGUACUCUUUACGCCACGACCUCUUGGCUUGGAAGUGACCCAUGUCCUGGAUCGACUAAAUAUUUUGAAUGGAGUGAUGCAUGCAAUUAUGCAGACAAUCACAAGAGGACUUUUUGUUUGGACAGUGUUGUUUGGAGUUUGCUGUAUGCAGGCUGUGCCCCCUCAACCGGCGCAAUCCGGUUUGAUAUCCGGUACCAUUAUAGCAGCUGGGUCAAUCGGCAUAGCGGCACUCGCAGAUCUGUACUUAACAGCAAGCGCCGCUUUGGCAGCAAUGUCUGACCGUGAAAACUCCAAAAAUUGCAAUUGCAAGGAUCAACCUCAAGAACCAGAGACAACUUGUGAUGUUGUUCUUGCUGCUGAAAGACAAAAAUGUGAAGAAGAAAAGAAAGCUUUAGAAAGUGAAGUGCAGGAGGAUGCAUUCUCCAUUUGCAAAACUACCAACCAAGAGAUUUGUGAAGAGGUUUUUGGAGGACCUAGCGCGAAUAGUUGCACCGCAUGUUUGAAUAAGUUUGAGGACGAAUCUGGAUGCAACGGCUCAGUAGAAUGUGUUUUUAUGAAUGGAGUUUGUAUUUUUGAUGAUUAAUCUAAAUAAAGAAGAUCAACGAUCAUAGAUAAGAAACCUUUACGAUCAUUGGU